GAAAAAGAAAGGGAGGAGAGAGAAAGACGAGAAGGAGAAGAAGAAGAAGAGCUCUGUCUCUCUCUCCUCUUUCUCUCUCCUCUCCGUGCAUAAGCGUUACGCAUCUCCCUCGGCUGGCGUCCAAUUCGGUCGUCCUCUGUAUUCCCUUGGCAGUGACGCAGAGUCACGCGCGCAGCUUUGGAAUGUUAAAAGAGCUCUCGCUUUUCGGGCUUAUAAUUCGACGGGUUUUCCCCUUAGGCGCAGUGGAGUGACGGAGAAGAAGAUGGACGGACUGCCUCCCGGUUACCGCCCCAACUUCGGCGUCUGCCUCAUCAAUUCCGACAAUCAGGUUUUUGUUGCGUCCAGGUUAAAUGUUCCGGGAGCUUGGCAGAUGCCUCAGGGGGCCAUUGAAGAUGAUGAGGAGCCUAAACUAGCUGCUAUCAAGAAACUACGUGAAGAAACUGGUGUAGUGUCUGCUGAGAUUAUUGCUGAGGUUCCAAAUUGGUUGACCUAUGACUUUCCUCCUGCUGUGAAGGCCAAAGUGAAUCGUCUCUGGGGUGGCGAGUGGCAUGGGCAGGCUCAAAAGUGGUUUCUCAUGAGACUGACAAAAGACAAUGACAGUGAGAUCAACUUAGCAAAUGGUGAAGCCGACACAGAGUUUGCAGAGUGGAAAUGGGCAAGCCCGGAAGAAGUCAUAGAGCAGGCUGUGGACUACAAGAGGCCACAAUAUGAGGAAGUCAUGAAAACCUUCGAGCCCUAUCUCAGUGAAAGCGGCAUAUCAGCUAAGUGUAAAUCAACUAAAUGGUGAAAUUUUAGUCGUCGUGGGUAGAUCUCUCUUUUGUUAAUAGGUAAAAGGUUUGAACAUAGUAGUACUCUGCUCUUUGUAAAUGAACAAGCCGGUUUAAUUUGUAAGCUUUGGAGGUCAACUUUAACUUAAUCCUGUCCUUUAGUUUUGCUAAUCAAUCUGUCUUAUUUUUUUCCUCACCGGUGCCUCUGGCAUGUAGUCUGUGAACUUAUUCGUGUCCUAGCUUGCUUGGAGACUCCCCAGGAACGAAAUUAAAGGAUAAAUUCAGUGUC